UAUUGCGUAAUUAAUUAAAUUAUUUACGUAACAAACUUCAUCUACAAGUUUACAAUGCAUAUAUAAUUAUUUUAUUGGGAAUAAAUUGUACUUUAUCAAUUUACGAAUGUAUGAAAUUAUGCUUUUUCAUCACGAUCUUUUGAGUUUAUUAUCGAUCGCAAUUUUAUAAAGUGAUUUCCAGAAAUGUUCUGUAUGGAGCGGACACACGAAGUACUUAUAGCAAUCAUGUGACACAAUAGCAUCGAAAACAAGGAAACUGCCCACUGGCCAGUUCCGCAAUCAACAAACUUAUCCUCGAAAGUAAAAGCUGCGUCAAUAACAUGUCAAACACGUCAACAAUAGACGUAAUAGAUAUGUAAUACGACCUCAUCGCCGCUCCGAUUAACUAGAACAAUAGUGCACAUCACCAAAACAAUGGAAAAUUAAUAUGUGAUCGACAAAAAAGCCGUUGACAUAUCAAUAAUUACGAUAGGCGAGCCUGUGAAAGUGUCCAAUAGCCGUGCAAGAUCCACAUUGUUUUCACCAAAGAAGAAUUGGACGGGUGUCAUUAAAAUCAUAAUUCUCGUAUGGCCCGAAGGCCGAAUCUUAGGAAGAGCCCGGGAGAGAGGCGUCGACGAGCCACCAGUAUAUAAACCAACGGUCGGAGGUACAGAGCAUCACACAACCACGACACCUCCGUGAGUCAACAUGAAAGCGUUCUUGGUAUUAGCUGCCGUAGCGGCACUCGGCUCAGCCAGGCCUGAGGCUGGAUACAGUUACAACGCGCCCGGAGGCGGUGGCGGCCACGGUGGUCUCGGAGGCGGCAUCGGUGGCGGCCACGGAGGCUUCUCCUCCGGCGGCCUUAGCUCCAGCAGCUUCGGAGGCAUCGGCGGUGGUGGCGGCUUCUCCUCAGGAGGCUUCUCGUCCGGAGGCUUCUCCUCCGGCGGAGGCUCCGGCUUCGGCGGCGGCUCUGGCUUCGGCGGCGGUGCUGGUUUCGGCGGCGGAUCCGGUUUCGGCGGCGGCGCUGGCUUCGGCGGCGGUGCUAUUGUCCAGAAGCACAUCUACGUCCACGUUCCUCCCCCAGAACCUGAAGAACAGCGUCCCCAGGUGAUCAGCGGCGGAGCUGCUCCCCAGAAGCACUACAAGAUCAUCUUCAUUAAGGCACCGGCUCCUCCCGCACCCGUCGCGCCCAUCAUCCCCGCCCAGGCCCAGAACGAAGAGAAGACCCUGGUCUACGUGUUGGUCAAGAAACCCGACGAACAGCCCGACAUCACCAUCCCCACUGCUGCUCCCACUCAGCCCUCCAAACCCGAAGUUUACUUCAUCAAGUACAAGACCCAGAAGGACGGUGGUGCUGGAGGCAUCGGAGGUGGACUCGGUGGUGGAAUCGGUGGUGGAAUCGGCGGCGGCUCUGGCAUCGGCGGCGGCAUUGGCGGCGGUCUUAUUGGCGGCGGUAUCUCCGGCGGAUCCAUCGGCGGCGGCUCUGGCAUCGGCGGCGGCAUCGGAGGCGGACACGGCGGCUCCAUCGGCGGCGGCUCCAUCGGCGGUGGCCACGGAGGCUCCAUCGGCGGCGGUCACGGCGGCUCCGGCGUCAGCACCUCCUACGGCCCCCCCGGCCAGUCCGGCCCUUACUAGACGGCGCAAUGGGCGCGCGCAAUUGUGAUACCUGCUCUGCCGGCGACAAACCUAGAUAUAAGUAGAGAAAAAAUUACGGUGCCUAAAUGUAUUUAUGUAAAUAGUAAUUUUAAUGUACUAUAAUUUUAGUUGUAUUAUAAAUUCUUAUUUUUGCAUAAAAAGUUAUAAACAAA